AUGUUGGCUGAGCUGGGGUUGGAAUGUCAACCGCUCGAUCUGCAUCUGACGGCCCCUGACCCGCCUGUGUCACUUGUGCUGUUGCUUGACCCACAUCGCCUCCUCCUCUCCUUCCUGAUUCUCUCGUCACACCUUCUCCCUCCGCUUCCUCAUCUUCACUUGCAACCAGCCUCCUUCCUCCGCGGCUUCCCCGUUCCCCCGAUGGUGAUUGCUGGAGCAGAUGAGCCGUCGUCAGAGCGCGCUGCCGCUUGGUCGGCUGUUGUCGCCAAGCCUCCGCCUCCGGCCGAAAAGGCGACCACGGCGUCGAAGCCUCCUGUACCGCCGGCUCCGAAACCCGCCACAUUAGUCGCUGAAAAGACUCUUCCCCCCGCACCCGUGGCUCCCCUCGGCGUGGGCGAGGCGGGCCCGUCUGCUCCGGUUGUCGCUCCGCCCGUUCCGCCUGCAGCUCCCGUCCCCCUUGCUCCCGUGGCUGCGCCGACGGCGUCUGCUCCUGCUGGGGGUGCUGCUGAUCCCCCUGAUCCUGCCCCUGUCGUACUCGCUGAGCCAGCUGCUUCUGUCCCCGACGUGCCUGCGCCGGCGUCUGCUUCUUCCCCGAGGGCGGCGUCCGCCACCACUGUCGGGCCGGACCCGAUGGUUGCGCCUCCCGGCGCGAAUCCGAUGGCUCCCGCUCUGCCGCCGGCGGUCCCUGGUGGUCCGCCGUCUCGUCCCCCGUCGCCUGACCGCCGUCUCUCCCGGCCCCAUUCUCCAGCGCCCCAACAGGAGCGCGAGACGUCGCGGCACCGGCGCCACUCCCCCCGGCGCUACCAGCAGCAGGCCCAGUGGCCCGCUCACCCGGGUGGCAAUGGGGGCUGGAGGGGUCCCCACGGGCGUGGUGGCGGCGGGAGGUAUCGUCCGCCCGUGACAAUGGCGGAUCUUCAGCGGGAGGUGUCCCGGGCCGUGCGCGAGGAGAGGGCGGCGCAGAGCCAGAGCAGUUCGCUGCGGGCUGCGCCGGCGCCCGUGGCUCCUCGUCCGACUGUGCCUCCUGUGGUCCUUCCGCCGGCUGCUCCCCUUCCUCCGCCUGUCCUCGCCCCGUCAGCUCCCUCUCCUUCUGUAGCGGCGCCAGCUCCCGGCUCUCGUCUGCAGCUGCCGCCGGUUCCGCCUGUUGCGGGGGUGGAGUUUGUGGCCGCGGGUGGUGGCGCGGCAGCGGCUCAGUAUGCAGCUGAUGAGCCGCUCCAGUUCCUGGCGGAGGCGCUUCAGCCUCCGCAGACGCGUGUUCCCGAGUCGACUCUCGGUCAGCUCCACCGCCUCGCAGAGAGUCUCCACGCGUUGCUGUUGAUACAAGUCCUUGCUCACUCCUCACUCCCUGUGAUCCCUCCUGAGAUGUUCCGCGACCGUCCGCGCGAGACCUGCUUGGAUGCGGCGGACCAGCUCGCAGUGCUACUGGCGCCCGUGCUGGCUGCGCCCGCGGAGGGUGGCGCUGCUGCUGUGGGACAGCUGGACGAGGCUGUCCGGAGCUUGAAGCGGCAUUUGCGCGCAGGAUCUGGAGCCGCGGCGAUCGGCGCAAGCACGCUUGUGGUCCGGGAGCUGUGGCGCUCCCUGACGGCCAUCCUUCACGCCCUUGGAGCUCACCGCAUGUAG